AUGGAGUUCAACAGGGAGGAGUUCCGGAGACAGCUGGGGGCCGGGCUGGGCCGGCUGCACCGCCCGCGGCCGCGCAGGUUGCUGGAGCGGCGGCAGGACGAGGCCGAGGCCCUGGAGCUGAGCUCGGGCGGGCCGGGCCCCGGGCGCGCCCCGCGGCCGCCGGUGCUGGACUGCACCUUCUGCGGGCUGGGUGGGCGUGGCCGGGGUUGGGUGUGUCCCUGUCUGUCAGGGUGUGGCCGCGUGGGCGCAGCCCGGUGGGCGUGUCCCGCGCUGACCCCGCCCCUCUCGCAGGGCGUGACCUACCCCGCCUGUCACGGCAUCUGGAGCAAGUGGGCGCCGCCCCUGGAGCGGAGCCGCCUGGCGACCACCGCCUUCUGCGGCUCGUACGCGGGGGCCGUGGUGGCCAUGCCCCUGGCCGGGGUCCUGGUGCAGUACACGGGCUGGAGCUCCGUGUUCUACGUCUACGGCAGUUUCGGGGUGCUCUGGUACCUCUUCUGGGUGCUGGUGUCCUACGAGAGCCCGGCCCAGCACCCGACCAUCAGCCCCGAGGAGAGGAAAUACAUCGAGGAGAGCAUCGGGGAGAGCGCGGGCAGCAACCCGCUGCUGGUUGCCACGCCCUGGCGGCAGUUCUUCACCUCCAUGCCCGUCUACGCCAUCAUCGUGGCCAACUUCUGCCGCAGCUGGACCUUCUACCUGCUGCUCAUCAGCCAGCCCGCCUACUUCGAGGAGGUCUUCGGCUUCGAGAUCAGCAAGGUGGGGUUGCUGUCGGCCCUGCCCCACCUGGUGAUGACCAUCGUGGUGCCCAUCGGGGGGCAGAUCGCCGACCUGCUGCGCUCCCGCGGGCUCAUGUCCACCACCAACGUGCGCAAGAUGAUGAACUGCGGGGGGUUCGGCAUGGAGGCCACGCUGCUGCUGGUGGUCGGCUACUCGCACUCCCGGGCCGUGGCCAUCUCCUUCCUGGUGCUGGCCGUGGGCUUCAGCGGCUUCGCCAUCUCGGGCUUCAACGUCAACCACCUGGACAUCGCGCCGCGCUACGCCAGCGUGCUGAUGGGGCUGAGCAACGGCGUGGGGACGCUGUCGGGGAUGGUGUGUCCCCUGAUCGUGGGGGCCCUGACCCGCCACAAGACGCGCGAGGAGUGGCAGUGGGUGUUCCUGAUCGCCGCGCUCGUGCACUACGGGGGCGUGGCCUUCUACGGCGUGUUCGCUUCCGGGGAGCCGCAGCCGUGGGCGGAGCCGCCGCGCGAGGAGGCGGAGCCUCUGGCGCCGGGAGGCGUGGCCAGCGACGAGGAGGAGGAGGAGGAGGAAGGGGAAGAAGGGGGGGGAGGCGGAGCGGGACCCCCGGGAGGGCCCCCCGCGAGCUACGGGGCCACCGGGACCACCCCCGCCCCCGGGAGUGGCCCGGGGUGA